AUGGAAAACAUGUCAGAGGAAACCCACGGCGAAAUGACGGAUCCACAGCACGUCCACCUAAGGUAAGGAGAAAAAAAACGGUUCAAGGGGUCCCUGUGUGAAGGUGUUUCUAUAAAACCGCGCCUCAACCUUUUUCUUUCUGCUCCUUUUCAUUCACAUGAAAAUUUUUCCUUGUUUGUAUUGAAUGUGUCAUAUACUAACAGACUGAAAUAAAGUAUGUACACAGCGCCCUAACUUUAUUGAAAUGAAGUCAUGUGUUUGGAGGUUAAGGCUCUGUUUGUGUAGAUACCAACAGUUUGGGUCGGGUCAGAACUGCUGACAUUCAUACAGCUCAUUCAGACGACUCAGAGAAUGAGAGUAUUUGGAAUUUUCCAAUAUUUAUCAUGUCUCAGAUUUGUGCACAUCAGUUUGUGAAUGACAGAUAUUGUAUAGAAAGACUUAGCUUUCAGACCCUUUACAACAAGAUCUUCAGUGCUUCUCAUCUUUUUCUUUUAGCUUCCCAUCUGAAAGCUCUGUGGAGGAAAUGGCUCAAGACAGACCAGAUCAAGAUGAGACAGAGAAAACGGAGAUUGAUAACAGCAUCAUACAGAGACUUCAAGACAGACCAGAUCAAGAUGAGACAGAGAAAAAGGAGAUUGAUAACAGCAUCAUACAGAGACUUCAAGACAGACCAGAUCAAGAUGAGACAGAGAAAACGGAGAUUGAUAAGAGCAUCAUACAGAGACUUCAAGACAGACCAGAUCAAGAUGAGACAGAGAAAAAGGAGAUUGAUAACCGCAUCAUACAGAGACUUCAAUCUGGCUGGAUAGGCACUCUUCAUGUCGUUUUCCUGGUGCUGCUUUUAGUCCUAAUCACUGUCAUUGUUGGCCUGAGCAUCAAUGUUAAGCAGUUACAGAAAGAAAGGAGUCAGCUGAGACAGCUUCUAGAAUCAACACACAUGGGACUGAACCACACCAUGGAAGUAAAUCAAAAAGUGAGCCAGAGUCUGAACUUCACCGUGGAAGAAAAUCAAAAACUGAGGCUGAGUCUGAACUACACCAUGGAGGAGAAUCUGAACCUGAGCCAGAGUCUGAACAACACCAUGGAAGAAAAUCAGAAAUUGAGCAGAAGACUAAACUACACCAUGGAAGAGAAUCUGAAUCUGAGCCAAAGAUUAAACCACACCAAGGAAGAAAAUCAAAAACUGAGGCUGAGUCUGAACUACACCAUGGAAGAGAAUCUGAACCUGAGCCUGAGUCUGAACAGCACCAAGGAAGAAAAUCAAAAACUGAGGCUGAGUCUGAACUACACCAUGGAAGAGAAUCUGAACCUGAGCCUGAGUCUGAACAGCACCAAGGAAGAAAAUCAAAAACUGAGCCUGAGUCUGAGCUACUCCAUGGAAGAAAAUCAGAGACUGAGCCGAAGACUAAACCACACCAUGGCAGAAAAGUCACAGCUUCAAGUGCAGAUUGAGGAGAUGAAAAUCAUAUUGAAUUCUACUAUGGAAAACCGUGACUCUUUCAGAAAAGACAAAAUCAAAUAUCAACAGCUUUUGAUCAAUGAAAGGCAGACCUCAACUCAACUAAAAGCUGAAAAUCAACGUCAACAAUCAAUUCUGAUGUCGGAGAAACUAUCUUUCCUCUGGAGAUUCUGUGAUAAAGGCACCCUGCAAUGUUCACGCUGCCUUCCUGGUUGGGCUGAGCACGCCACACGCUGCUUCCAUUUGGCAUCACAACCAAUGAAGUGGGAAGAUGCUCGUAGGGAGUGUUUUAAUGAAGGUGCUGACCUGGCUGUUGUCUUGAAUGCUGCAGACCAGGCAUUUCUGACCAACAUGACUUUCCAGUUUACACAGCAGCAUCCAAAUGUACUGUUCCAUUCAGCAUGGAUCGGGUUGCAGGACAUGGUGCAGGAUAACAGAUUUGUGUGGGUAAAUGGUAUCAAGUCCAAGUCAGAUUUGAAGUUCUGGAUGCCUGGAGAGCCAAACAAUGCUGCGGCUCAAUGGGACAAAGACCGUGCAGGACAGGACUGUGUUGUCAUUGUCCCUCCAAAGACUGUUGGACAGAAAGGCUGGCUGAACUCCUGGGAUGAUAUUGUCUGUCGAGGCCAGCGGCACUACAUUUGUGAAACCAAAGCUCUUAUUUUGUCUGGAGUGAAAACUGAGGAAUGA